UACGAGCGGGAAGCCUGCCGGAGCUCCUUCCUGCCCAGUUGCCUUCCCCAGGGGGGUUCUGGACUGGAAACCCAUUGGAAAGGCAUUUCAGGCUGGGCCUAUUUUCAUUAAUUUUAGACAAAUCUUCAUAAGCUCUGCAAAGUCUAACGAAGCUUGAUUGUGAGGAAGUCUCUAGUUAACGUUCUUGAUAGUAAUUGGACAGCUGCCCUUCUGGGUCAGAAAGGUCCGUGUAGAGUAGGAGAAGAGGACCGGUAGUUGCAUGGAGGUUUGCAGUCUGCAUGAAGAGUUCUGUAGCAAGUCCUGGGUAGGGGGUUGUAGCCUCACCCUUUUUAGCUGUUAGUGGGCAGGUGCAUGCUGAGAAUUUGACCUCUCUGUGUCCCACGUGUUCUGCCAGUAAAAUGGGGAUCAGCCUGCCGUGGAGUGUAGACAGUCCAUUAACGUUUGGGAUUUCUGCGUGAAAGAGAAUUUCCAAGCAGGCUUGUUAGUGGUACUUUGCAGAGUGCACUUCUGCGUGCAGAACACCACCAGUGACUCGGAUAUGUCUGAUGCUUGUAUUCUCUCUAGAAAAUGAAUGAUUGGGCACCCAUAGCGAAGGAGUAUGACCCCCUUAAAGCGGGGAGCAUUGAUGGAACAGAUGAAGAGCCGCAUGACCGAGCCAUCUGGAGGGCCAUGCUGGCACGGUAUGUACCCAAUAAAGGGGUGGCAGGUGAUCCCCACCUCACCCUGUUUGUAGCGAGACUAAACCUACAGACCACGGAAGAGAAGGUGAAGGAAGUCUUUUCCCGAUACGGAGACAUCAGGAAGAUCCGCCUGGUGAGAGACUUGGUCACCGGCUUUUCCAAGGGCUACGCAUUCAUCGAGUACAAAGAGGAGCGUGCUCUAUUGAAAGCCCAUAGGGAUGCCAACAGGCUGGUUAUUGACCAGCAUGAGAUAUUUGUGGACUUUGAGCUGGAAAGGACCUUAAAGGGAUGGAUUCCCCGGAGGCUCGGAGGUGGCUUCGGGGGCAAAAAGGAAUCUGGGCAGUUGCGAUUUGGAGGACGGGACAGACCUUUCCGAAAGCCCAUCAAUUUGCCAAAUAUGAAAAGUGAUUUCUACGGAGAGGGAGCAGCGGAGAAGAGAGAGAGGAACUGGACUCGGGAUGGAACAAGGGACUGGAGAACCAGAAACCGAGACCACGAAAGGAGCAGGGACAAGAGAGGGCCAGAAAGGGAGCGAUCCUGGGGUUGGGGAGAAAGCGAGCGGGAGAGAGACCGGGACUUCAAAGAGGAAAGGAGCAGAGAGAGAGAGAGGAAGGAGAGAGACAGAAAAGACAGGGAGAGGGACCGGAGCAGGGAGAGAGACCCCAGGAAGCAGAGAGAUGAUGACAAACACAGGUAGAGAAAAAAAGUAUCUUUACCGAAGGUAGGCUGAACAGUAACAUGCUAUGAGUUUGGGCCUGGAGCCUGGCCUCUCUGUAAUAGCCUGAACUAAAAACUUCUGAACACACCCUUGAAUUGUGAGUGGGACUGAUCCCCAACCCCUGAAUAUUGUUCUCGUCUCUGGCUUAAAAGAAAGUAAUUGGGAUGCUGUGAGCUUCCACCUCCAGAGGGGCACUGAUAACAUAGUACCAUUCCCCAGGAAGUGGGGGAAGGUACAGUCUGGGUGCAAAAUGCCACAGGUCCAUUAACUACAGCAAACUUGGCUCUUCUCUCUGCCUUACUGUUCUGUAAAGGUUUUACUGGCAGUAAAGGUAAAUGAUUCCAGCAGUAAUUUGGCCUCUGGGCCUUUGAUAAACAGAGCAAUUUUGACAAGUCCCACAUGUUAAGUAACAGUUGUCUUUUCUUUGGUUUGUCUUGAGUUUUUCUCUUUUGCUACAUGUUAACAUAGUCUUUUUGUGGGAGCAAACCUUUCUCUUUCCUGGAGGCCAGGACUGGUGUAAUCAGUCACCCUUAAAGUAAAAGCAAAAUCAACAUUUCCCACAAACAGGAUAGAGCCCAAUUGUGUUAUAACACAAUCCCAUUUGCACAGUGGAGUUACCCGUGUAGACACACCCAUGUAUUACUUUAGGGUCAUAGGUUCAGCCUUGGCCUGUCCGUUACGCUCAGUUUGGAGCAGAAAAAGCUGCAGCAGGCAGCAGUCACAUUCCCAGCGCUCCAGAAAGAAGCUGGAAUGGCCAUCCCAAGCAAAAAUGCUAAGGCAGACCUUAGGAUAUUACUGGUUAUUUUAUUUUUUGGUCUUCAGAAAUUGUCUUUAAUUUGCUUUAUGUGUUUUAUGGAUGAGGAGGUAGGUGGGUAUGAGGAAAUAAAAAUUUGGGGAGAACAAUAACUUACCAAGGUCUGCAUAGUUUUGUUUUUAACAACAUUAAGGUAUUGUCAGUUGGUUGCCAGUUGUCUCAUACUCUAUUGUAUAUAGAAAAUUAAACCUUUUCUGUUUACUGUUCUUAGCCAAGCCAUAUCUGUUAGCAUUCUGUAAGGAACAUGUGAUGUGCAGAUGUGCCUGCAUUCCCACCUGCUGGGUCAGUGGGAUGUGAAAUGAAUGUGUGCCCAGUUGGUCCAGCUCUUUAGAGAAUGGGUCAUUUGUAUGCAAGAUUGCAGAGUGCUGAACUGUUUCCUAAAUGCCAGGGGGUCACAUCCAGUUUGAAAGUCAGAGCCCUCCAUGUGAAGUUCUCUAUUGAAGAAAUAUCUGUAAAAACCUGCCAUGGGGAUUUUAAAAAUGUUUCAUGCAUUUGGAAGUGAUUCACUUACUUGAGAAGCAUUAAGAUUGAUUAGCAAUAUGCACCCUUGACUCAUGCUGAGGGUAGUUAUAGGCAAACGUGCAUUAAGAAAGCUCUCUUUUCAUGCGUGGUCUUUCUCCCUUCUUUUGUUCAAGUCUCAGUUAACCAGCACAACUUACAGCCUCUCACUGUAGAUAUAAAUAAGGGAAGAUUUGUAGGCAAAGCUUCCCUUAUUUAUAAGGGAAGAUUUAGAUUUAGUUUAUAAGAUAAAGAUUUAGUUACAGUUACAGUUUAUCUUUUAGAUAAAGAUUUAGUUACAGUGACUAGUGGCUAAUUUCCACUAGUCACUGUAACUAUAGCACAUCCCAAUAGAAAGUCCAUGGAGAUUUCCCAGUAGAAGCAAAGUAACGGGAUAUUCAUCCAAAUACAUUUUUUGUUUUGUUUUUAGAGCCCUAUUCUAGUUUUCAGGGGAAUGUUGCUAGGGGAGCAGACAUGCUGAGUGCUACCCAACAGUCACAAAGCCAGUGAAACACUUUUGUUCCCCACAGCUGGCAUUAAUUGGUGCUAGAAUGAUGCAACUUGUCUAUUGUCCUGCCUUGUCCCCUGCUCUCUCUGUACUUGCUCUUUAUUGCUGAGAAAGCACAGCUUCAGGGGUUCCUAUUGUGCAAAGCGGCAAAAGGCUCUUCUGUGCCACACAUACUGUAGAGUCAGGAAAGCUGGCUGUAACAAUUAAAAGCUCUAGUGGAGGCAGAGCCAAAACAUGAUACUCUUUUACACAGUUAAAUCCUAGUUGGUUCAGGUUUUUAGCUCAGUUUUGGGAAAUGGGGCACCAUACGGUUAAACCACAACCAUUCAUAUCUGAACUGGUUCCCAACUCUUUUACAAAUGUCAUAUACACAGAGAGACUCCCUGGGCCAGAAAUGAUGUAUUCUGCAUCCAGCGUAUUGAUGUCAUAAAGGGGAAGGCUCAGUUGAGAACGCACCAGCAACAGUUUUCAUAAAUAUUCUUGGUAGUACCAAUUCACACGCAGCCUAGAGAAGGCCUUAGCCCAUGGCUGCACGCUACAUACACUUCAGCUAGGAUUUUCCUGUACUCAUGCUCCCUGGUGUUCAGGCCAGCUUUGAUCUGAGUGCAAAUGCAUUAGUGAAACCUCUGUGCUAGCUUAAAUGCCAAGCUCUGUCCACAGGGCCAUUCCAGAACUGGGGAUGGGUGUAGCACAGGGUGGCUUUACCAGAUUUCCUUGUAAGACACAAAAGGCAAGUCAUUCAGAAAUCUUUAUUAAAAGUGAUUUAUUAUUGAACCAAAGAAACCUCCAGUAUCUUGCACUCCAAUUACAGGACUGCUCUACCUCUUGCCUGAUAAGACUGUGACCUUUUAAAAGAAGAGCAUUUACUUGAAUAUCAAGAAGCCACAUGGCAGAGAUUUAACUCUUUGACUGCUCAAAAUGUACAGCUCUUGCCCAGGAAGCCUCCUUUCAAAUGACCACCCUGUCUGAGCACAGUAGCUGAAAGUUUCCAGUCUGAGGAUCAGGAAUGAAAAGGUUAAUGUUAGCAGUACAAGAGCAAUUAGAUUAUGGAGGUAACAGCCAUGGAGAUGAAUGGGGGAAGUUCUAACUGCUUAGUGCUAUUGUGUCAGAUGGGCUGCAGCCCCAGCUCAACAAAAGCACAUUAGCAUUGGGGCUUGAGGACUAGCUUUACAAGCAUUAUGUCUAGAAACUUCCUUUUUCAUAAAUAAGCCUAUGGUACUGGGCAAAUUAGGACAGUCUGUAUUUCUAUUGUCCUAGUUCAUCAUUCUUAAUCAGUUUGGAAAAUGGUUUGCUUAUUCAGGUGGUGAAUCUGCUACAUUCUUGCACUGCUUAAUAUUGCUCUAUCUGCUGCUAAAGUGCCAGACAACAGCUCUAAACUGUGCUACAAGGAGUUACAGAAACAGCUCACCAUGGCAUGCAUGUCACCCCAGGAUCUAGUACAAACUCUGGACUUGGAAAGAAUAACAGUGGUCUGGGUUUAUCACUUGUUCCUGGUUCAAGACAAACUCACACAAUGGUUAGCUCCAGAUUAGAAUGCUUUACUAGCAGAGGAAAAUCUCAGCAGUUUGGGGACAGAUCUUUUCCAAAGUUAAAGGAUGGAAGUAUUAGAGAUUAGUAUGCACUAGAAUCUUUUUCCAGCUUUCACUUACCUUAGCAACUGCACGGUACGGUAGCACUCUUCCUAAUUACGCUUUUUUUUUUUAAUAUUUUGGAAAUUGUGGAAAGCAUUACGUUAACAUUUUCCAAGUUUAGGGUAAGGGCCUACAUGCAAAUACAGCUGCUUGCUUCAUCCAGGUUUUAAAUAAGGAGCAAUAUUUCUACCACCUAAGUGUGAGGUUUGGAUCUGUCAGUGUUCCUAAAUCCGGUUUUGUUUCUGUAGCACUGCCUUCACAAAGUGCUAGUUUUAGACAUUAUCACCAUCUCAAAUAUAGAAACAUUUUGAGCAAGAGAACCAUCGCCUUUCCCCUGCCUUAAAAGGAACUUCAACAUGAUUUAGAGGCUGAAGUUUAAAACACCUGUCCCUUUACUGGACCAGAACUAGUCUGAGGGUUUCUGAAUGAGCUGGGUACUUAGAUUCCCCACAAGCAAGGCAUGGUUGGGGAGGUGCCUCGUCAUCAGCCAUGUUCAAGCCUGUUAAGAGUGGAUUGUGAUUUAGGAUUGGUUUCAGCUAAGGAGCUAUAUGCACUCAAAAGAAUCAAUCAUAGCAGGAGUCUAUAUUAGUUAAUUUUAUCCCUUUUUCCUCCUCCUAUGUGCUGAUCCUAUAAUGGGGAAAGACACAGCUCCUACCUAAAGCAUGUUAAGCUCUGCUCUGUUCCUGGCUAGUCCACUUAUGGUACCAAACAGGACAACAUUUAACUCCUGUAGCAACAGAGUUUUCCAAUGCAGCUCUAUUUAGAGAGAGGCUGCAUAUGGACUCCCUGGCUUACAUUCCCAGAAAUGUUUUUUACUCCACAAACAGUGGUACUAAAUGAUCCUGUGGACUCCGAGAACCCGAGGGGACAGUGCUUCCCUACAGCUUGCUACAUUCUGAGCCCUGUCUACAUGCUUCCCUACUGGUUCAGGUCCAGUAACAUUGGGUGUUGUAAGAUGAACAGAGCAGUGCCUACCACUUUUGCUACUGCAAUUUAGCAAAACAUGAGAGCAGGUCUAUUUACCAUAGUGUCUAAAUGCUAACAAUGGCUCCUAGCCCAUCUCUGCUAGAGCUUAGGACUUUAAAGUAACUUCUUUUCCCUUCCUUUCAGUGUAGGCAACUGCUAACACUGUAGAUAUUUCUCCCGCAGGAUUAUGUUCUAGUACAGUUCUUUAAUUGUAUAGCUGAAGCCAAGCAAGGUUUAACGUCCUUUUUGGUAAGGAAUAGUCAGUUUGGGCAUGCGUCCACACUUCCCCACCCCCAAAUUACUUAAGUAGAAUGGACAAGGCCUCUCAUGCAAGGAGAAGAGUAUGGCAAAGAUUUUCUUCUCCAGAAGUGGGGGAGAGAGAGAGACAGGCAGACAGACAUGUCCAUGGUGGUGCGAGUAAUGGUUCUGGCUGCAGUUCUUCCAUAGGACUCUGCUGUCAAUGUUCUUGUAGCCAUAGCAUCAUUCAUUCACAUACAGUUAGAUUGCAGUUAGGCUUGCAGCAGAAACUGUGGAUCUAAAUCUGACAUUACCCCACAUCAACUGCCUUCAGCUGCAGGAUUGUCAUGAUCAAGUUCAGCUCCAGUCCUGCAAGCUGUUCUCUAUGACGGUAUGCCCACACAGAGGCUUACCAAAAUAGUGUUGUGUAGCUUGCAAUGAAAUGAGAGGCUCUAUUCGCUCUGUGCAAAAUUUUAGCUAAGUCUGGAAGGGGGAAGAGUUGGAUUUGGCACUCUCUCUACCAUAGAAAAAAGCUGUUCAUGUCAGCGAGCUUAAAAAACACCCUUUUCUACUAAACAGUCUUCAAGUUGGGAGCAAAAGUUCAAUUAGUGUUGCCUAUGGCUUUUUUAAAGCCUUUUGUAGAAAUAAGAGCCACUUCACAUACAGCAGCAAUCUGGUAAUAAGAGGGGCCUGGCAGAGAAGAGUCUGGUAAGAAGGGAAAAGAAAAAAAAA